UCUGCUAUCGACACAUCGAGUCUGGAGCUCCGAGUAAACAGGAAGAAACAUUAAAGUGAAGUUAGCUAACAGGUCUCAAAGUACAAGCGAGUGUCUGUGUACGCUGCUGCCCUGGUAGUUCAUUUAUAACAAAAUGACUGAAAUACUGACACCAAGAAUUCUGGCCAUUGACACCAGUGCUAGUACUGGACUGGAGGGCUUCAAGGCACACGCCGUGUUCCAGGAAAUAAGCAAGAAGCUUGAAGAGGAAGGGGAGCAGUUUGUGAAAAAAAUUGGAGGAGUGUUUUCCUUCAAAGUGAAGGAUGGACCAAAUGGACAGGAGGCAACUUGGGUGGUGGAUGUGAAGAACGGCAAAGGUUGUGUUCACAAUGACGCAGAUAAGAAAGCAGAUUGCACCAUUUCCAUGUCAGAUACAGACCUGUUGGCCUUGAUGACUGGCAAAAUGAACCCUCAGACUGCAUUUUUCCAGGGCAAGCUGAAGAUCACGGGGAACAUGGGUCUUGCCAUGAAGCUACAAAACCUGCAGCUGCAGCCGGGCAAAGCUAAGCUGUAGAGGAGAUGCUCAAACUAACCAACCUGCUGAGGAGCCCGUCUGGCUGAGAUUAACCUCCGUUAAACACUGUUAGUGCUAAAAGGCGUCAUGGCUGGACUGAACCGCUUUUCAUCUCGGCUGAUCUCGGUGGCUGAGCCGGGUCGGUCUAACUGGAGAAUAGGAUAGAUGUUUUCCUAAUCAAGACCCUUUCAUGGUAACAUCUUUCUCUGGGUGUACAUGUGAGAAUAACACAUUAAUGUUAGUCAUGGACACAACUGAUAAAGUGCCUCUAAAUAUCAGAUAAAAGUUUCUAGUCACCAGUCUGUGGCUGGGUUGGCCCGACUUUUUAUUGUAAUCAUUUUCCUGUAUGAUCACGUUACUAUUGAGCUCUAAAAUAUUUCUAAUUAAAACGAUCUUUGCAGCACGA